AGGCGGCGCGUACGGUGGCCGCGGAGGGCGGGGAGAGAGGCGGGCGCGGCGCGUACGGUGGCCGCGGCGCGUACGGUGGCCGCGGCGGGCCGGGCGGUCGUGGGCGGCAUGGCGGCGCACCUGAAGAAGCGGGUGUAUGAGGAGUUCACCAAAGUGGUCCAGCAGCAGCACGAGGACCUCUCCGCCAAGAAGCUGCGGCUGACGAAGCCCAGCAAGUCGGCAGCGCUCCACGUCGACCUGUGCAAAGCCACCUCGCCAGCAGAUGCCUUGCAGUACCUGCUGCAGUUUGCCAGGAAGCCCGUGGAAGUGGAGAGCGUGGAAGGGGUUGUCAGGAUCCUGCUGGAGCAUUAUUACAAGGAGAAUGAUGCCUCUGUAAGGUUGAAGAUUGCUUCCUUGCUGGGUUUGUUAUCGAAGACUGCAGGAUUUUCCCCAGACUGCAUUAUGGAUGAUGCCAUUAACACACUGCAAAAUGAGAAGUCUCACCAAGUCCUUGCUCAGCUGCUGGACACCCUGUUGGUGAUCGGCACAAAGCUUACAGAGAAUCCAUCUGUCAGAAUGAGACUGGUGGAGGUAGCCUGCAAGCAUCUGACAGAUUCUUCCCAUGGUGUAAGAAAUAAGUGUCUUCAGUUAAUUGGCUGUCUUGGACCAGUGGAAAAAGGUGUUGCAAAAGAAGUUGAAAGCCAGUCUGCCAAAGAUGUCCAGAAGAUAAUAGGGGAUCACUUUAAUGACCAGGACCCUCGUGUUAGGACUGCAGCUAUCAAAGCUAUGCUUCAGCUUCAUGAAAGAGGAUUAAAAUUACAGCAGACUAUUUACUGUCAGGCUUGCAAACUGCUGGCAGAUGACUAUGAGCAAGUGCGUAGUGCUGCAGUUCAGCUAAUCUGGGUCCUCAGUCAACUGUACCCUGAAAGCAUUGUCCCGAUUCCUUCUUCUAAUGAAGAAAUUCGCCUGGUGGAUGAUGCGUUUGGAAAAAUUUGUCACAUGGUUAGUGAUGGUUCCUGGGUUGUUAGAGUACAAGCUGCUAAAUUACUGGGUUCUAUGCAACAAGUUAGCUCCCAUUUCUUAGAGCAGACCCUUGACAAGAAGCUCAUGUCAGAUCUGAGGAGGAAGCGCACUGCACAUGAACGGGCCAAAGAACUCUACAGCUCUGGGGAGUUCUCGAGUGGCAGAAAAUGGGGAGACGAUGCUCCCAAAGAAGAGAUCGACACAGGCGCUGUAAACCUGAUCGAAUCAGGAGCUUGUGGGGCCUUUGUUCAUGGCCUGGAAGAUGAGAUGUAUGAGGUUCGGAUUGCUGCGGUGGAGGCCCUCUGUAUGCUGGCUCAGUCUUCUCCUUCUUUUGCGGAGAAGUGCCUUGAUUUUUUAGUAGACAUGUUUAACGAUGAAAUUGAGGAGGUGAGAUUGCAGUCCAUACACACAAUGAGAAAAAUUUCCAACAACAUCACGCUGCGGGAAGACCAGCUGGACACUGUGUUGGCUGUCUUGGAGGAUUCUUCAAGGGACAUUCGGGAAGCACUUCAUGAGCUCUUGUGUUGCACCAAUGUCUCAACUAAAGAAGGCAUCCAUCUUGCACUGGUGGAGCUGCUGAAAAACCUGACCAAGUAUCCCACAGACAGAGAAUCCAUAUGGAAAUGCUUAAAGUUCUUGGGAAGUAGGCAUCCAACUUUGGUGCUUCCAUUAGUCCCGGAGCUACUGAGCACACACCCUUUCUUUGACACUCCAGAACCGGACAUGGAUGACCCAGCCUACAUUGCUGUUCUGGUUCUGAUUUUUAAUGCUGCUAAAAGUUGCCCGACAAUGCCUGCGCUGUUUUCUGACCAUACAUUCAGACAUUACGCCUACCUUCGCGACAGUCUCUCUCAUCUGGUCCCUCCGUUAAGAUUGCCAGGUAGAAAGCUGGUGUCCUCCCCUGUCUCUCCCAGUAUUACACCAAACGAGGAUCCUUCCCAGCAGUUCUUGCAUCAGAGCCUGGAGAGGGUUUACAACCUUCAGCACCUCGACCCGCAGGGCGUACAGGAGCUGCUGGAAUUUACCAUUCGUGAUCUUCAGAGGCUUGGAGAACUGCAGUCAGAAUUGGCAGGGAUGGCAGACUUCACUGCGACUUACCUUCAGUGUCAGCUGCUCCUCAUCAAGGCCUUGCAGGAGAAACUGUGGAAUGUGGCCGCUCCUCUGUACUUGAAACAGAACGCGUUGGCAUCUGCUGCCGCCAAACAGAUCCUGGAAGAAACUUAUAAAAUGGAGUUCAUGUACAGCGGAGUGGAAAGUAGACAAGUGGUCAUUAUCCAUCACAUGAGGCUGCAAGCGAAGGCGUUACAGCUUAUAGUGACUGCGCGUACUACCAGAGGAGCUGAACCCCUUUUUGGGAUGUGUGAAAAAUUGUUACAGGAAGUAGAUUCUUUUCAGAGAUGUUUCAUCUCUGAGCUCCCACAUAUGCAAGGCAGUUUUGUCGAUAAAUUGCUAGACUUAAUGCCCAGACUUGUGACCUCCAAGCCUUCGGAAGUGGUCAAGAUCCUUCAAACAACACUACGACAAAGUACCUUCCUCCACCUUCCUCUUCCAGAGCAGCUCCACAGAGCUACUGCAACUAUCAUUGAGCCUACCGGUGAAUCUGAUAACCCUCUGAGGUUUACGUCAGGCUUGGUAGUGGCGCUGGAUGUUGAUGCAACUCUGGAACAUGUACAGGAUCCCCAGGGAACUGUUAAAGUUCAGGUAUUGUAUCCAGAUGGACAAGCACAGUUAAUCCAUCCUAAACCAGCUGACUUCCGAAAUCCUGGUCCCGGGAGGCACAGACUGAUAACUCAGGUUUACCUCUCGCACACAGCCUGGACAGAGCCGUGUCAGAUUGAAGUGAGGUUACUGCUGGCCUACAAUUCCAAUAGGAGCAAGGCAUCUGCUAAAAUUCCCAAAUCCACCUGGAGCGACAGCAUGGAGGCUCUCCCGCAAUCCGAAAACGGCAUAGAGGGAACCAUACCAUUCAGCAAACCCGUCAAAGUUUAUAUAAUGCCCAAACCUGCCAGACGGUGAAGUCUGUCACUGAAAGACACCUAUUUGUGUGGUUGUUGGGUUACAUGAAAACAAUUUAUGUUCAAAGAUAGUGAACCAAACCAACACAGCGUUACACUUGCACAAAAAAAGCUAAAAUAUAAAAAUACAGCUACUGAAGGACAAAUGGUCUUCUCUGUUACGAAGCAGAUGGAUCAACAUGGGAGUUAUUCAGUUAGUAAAGAACAGUUUCGAGGAAAUGCAGAUAUUUCUAUACUGAAUCAACAAAAUCAGGGCAAUUCUCAGUCAGCAUUCCAGUAACUAUUUCAUUGGGCCAAAUACUGCAGUCCUCACCUAUGAAAAGUUUCUCUUCAAGGCCUUUAGGUUUCUUGCCCGAGGUGUUUACUGUGUAAAUUCUUAGAGACUUAAAUCCCUGUUAUUUUACAAUACUCUGAAAUGAAGUUAAGGGUUUUUUUUUGAAUGUCUGAAAUUUGUAUUUGUGCAUUGGUACCUAAGUCCUUAGCAGGAAGUUUUUCCAAAGCGCUAUUGUCCUUCUGUAGGAACUGCAGGUCCAAGUGAAAUUGCCAAUUACCAUAGGCUAAAUCCUGAGCUACUUUACUGUAUGGCUGUAUUGAAGUUAGCAGUUUUGGGGAGGGUGUAAUUGUUAAUGUUGUGGGGCUGGGAGAGGAGGAACAUGUUGGCUCACACAGCAAAACUUCAGUUAGCAGGACAUGGAGUUUAACUGAGUAGUAGCAAUGCAACACUAUUACUUUUUUUUGCCCCCCCUAAAAUGGAGUCUUACAUCUUUAUCUUUGAAUUGUAACCCCCCUUUCCAGUUGCAUAUUUUGUAUGCCUUUAGGAACAAUGUGACUGAAUAGCGCAGGUUGAAAAAAUACUAACUUUGUUCCAUUAAGUUUUACAGAAUCUGUUUCUGUAUGUUGAUCUUUUUCCUGGACCGAUCAUGCUGAGGUUAGAAAGUCUGUUUAGUUUUUUGUUUCCCCAACAGUUUUGGCAGUCAAAACCUUUCUGAUCUGCUUGAGGUAGCUGAACACACUCUCAAUUAAGCAGCGGUACGUCAACUUGUCAUUGUUUCCCUAAGCAGGUGAGCUAAGAGGGGUAGGAAGCCCUUUCCCAACAGGAUGGGCGCAGUUUGCAGAUCUGCAGUUGAGGACCAAAAUAACUGGUCCUGCGGCCCCUUCUCACACUGUUUUCUGUUCCCGGAGGGCUCGUACCUGCUAGAAAUGUGAUGCUUCUGGCCUUCCUCUUGAAAGGUGUCUGUUAAUCACUGCCAUGUGCGAGACUAUGCUUCAAAAGACUAAGGAACCUCCUGUGGUUCUUAGCAGUCCUUUGAUAGGAUUUUCCAGGAGCGCUUGAAGUGUGAAACUUCCUAGUACAGCAGCCAAAUGUUACCUGUGUUUUAUUAAAUUAAUUGCAAAAAAAAAAAAAAAAAAAAAAAAGGUGUAUUUGUAGCAGGUAAACAAAGUAGUGAAGAAAUACCUUCCAGUUGUACAAAGACUAGUUUAAAUAAUUAUGCAAAAGACCUUAUAUGCUUUCCUACAAUAAAAUUGGAAAACUCCUUCUAA